AUGACGCUUGUGGUUGGUUCAGUUGCGGUGUCGAGCUCAGCGUCACCUGCUGACAGGAGCGUGCGCACUAUUUGGCAAAAUGAUGAGGGAUACGCACGUGUGGUUGUUGUGGGACUAAGGAGUUUGGGUUCGUUCAUGUAUUUGCCGCGCUGUGAAGAUACUUCUCUUGGCGUUGCGACCCCGCUGUGCUUUGCCCAGCAAGGGCGUGGUGUUGCAGCGCUGGAAGGCGUUCGUGCGACGGCGCGCGCCAUCACAGGCGACCUCAUUAAAGUCGGGACGCAGCAUAGCCGCAGCGAGAAAGGCGGACGUUUGCUUUCGUUCAUGUAUUUGCCCCGCGUUGGAGAUACCUCUCCUGACGCUGCGAUGCCGCGGUGCUUUGCCCAGCAAGUACGGGAUUAG